UCUAGUUUUAAAGCAUAUACACCGAAAGCAAGUGUGAAGUUUACGUUGUUGUGUAAUUGCUAAUAUAUUAUCAUUAGAAUUUAACAUUAAAUAUAAGUUAAGCGGCAUCAAGAUGUCUAAUGCUACUGCACGUGUCCUCGCCAGCGGCGCGCGUCUGCCACCCAUGCCCACCAUACGCGACUUGGUCAAACUCUACAAAUUGCAAGCAAUUAAACACAUGAGUCAGAAUUUUCUUAUGGACGAACGUCUAACCGAUAAAAUUGUGAAGAGUGCUGGACGUAUUGAUGCAAAAGAUACGGUUUUGGAGGUUGGCCCAGGUCCGGGUGGCAUUACGCGUUCAAUUUUGCGACGUGAGCCCGGUCGUUUAGUACUCGUCGAAAAGGAUGCUCGUUUUAUGCCCACACUAGAGUUGUUAAAGGAAUGUGCGCGUCCACUGCAUACAGAAGUCGACAUCUUUCAAGGUGAUAUAUUACGUUUUGAUAUAGAAAAGCAUGUGCCAAUAUCUGAACAUCGUUUGCACUUAAUUGGUAAUCUACCCUUUGCCAUCUCAACACGUCUCCUUAUAAAUUGGCUAAAGGAUCUGUCAUUACGACGCGGUGCUUUCCGGCGUCCAGACACGGCCAUGACACUGACUUUUCAAAAAGAAGUGGCUGUACGCAUUUGUGCCCCACUUGGUGAUGAUCAACGAUGCCGUCUGUCAAUUAUGUCGCAAAUAUGGACACAACCGUUUCUGAAGUUCGUCAUACCAGGAAAAGCGUUCGUGCCUAAGCCAGAUGUAGAUGUUGGCGUUGUGAAGAUUGUACCACUAAAGCAACCAAAGACCGAUCUGCCUUUUGAGCUAGUUGAACGUGUGUUACGCCACAUAUUCAAUAUGCGCCAGAAGUAUUGUCGACGCGGCUAUAGCACACUUUUUCCGCCCGAAGAGCGUGAGGAAAUUACUGAUAUACUUUUCGAGUUGGCCGACGUAGAUCCAACAGUAAGACCCUUCGAAUUAUCGGUGGAUGAAUGUUUGCGUUUGGCGACAGUAUAUGCAGGCUACAAAGACAAACAUCCUGAAGUGGCAGACUAUGAUUACCGGGCAAGAAAGAAGCCGAUAGAUGAUUGUUUAGUAUGACAUUAAAAAGAGCAGUAGAUACGAUAUUAACUUUUGCUUAAAAAAAUAUCCCUCCUGAGUUAAGAAAUUUAAACGUUGCGUUGCUUGUUUUCAUAAUAAAAUGUUUUACUUAAAAUACAUGCAUGUUAUCUAUAAAA